CAGCCGCAAAUGUUUGCAAACAAAACAUUGAAUCGCUUUGAGCAACAGCAGCAGCAACAGUAAGUAAUGAACUGGACCCCGGGUAAAAUCGUUGGAACGGUAAAACCAGCCGAAGCUUCAGUCGCACCGGUUCCUGUUGCUGCUCCCAUCAUCGUGCCAACAGCACAGGUUUCAUCGGAAGCAGUUCCCAUUGGCAAGGGAGGUGAUCCCCAAUCGGAAGAUGGAAAAGUUUCACAAUUAUUGCAAGGAACCGUUCAAAAUUCACAGCUGACCGGUGCGGAACGAAUCGUGGGAACCAUCAAACUAGCCGGCAGUGAUCAGCCUGGUGUGAGUUCGGAAGAGUUGACGAAGCGUGCUAUCGAAGAAAUCCACCGGGACGUCCGGAUAAACCGGGUGCGGGCCUCCCAGAUCGGUGCCCUCGGAUGGCGGCAAUGUCCGCUGAACAAAACCAACAAACAAUUUCUCAGUCGAACCAUGUCAUCGGUGAUUCAGCACAACAAACGUCAGGUGGUACGUAACUUCCAUUCAUCGACACGGAAGCUGAUCGAACUGGACCGGAGGGAUGAUAUCCGGUAUCGGCAUCGUACGAAACGUUCGCAAACCGACAGUGCCCGAACCGAACGGGUCGUUAUUGACGAUGAACUGGAGGAUGGGGAAGUGAGGGAUUGAGGACUGUGUAGGUUUAGGAUUUGGAAUCGUUACAAAGUAUUAGGAAUAAAAAAAAAUGACCUCACUCUAGUUAACAGUAAGGUUCGAUGGAGUCUGAAUUCUGUAGGGAUUUGCUGUCGUAGUGGAAAAACAACGCAGAUUUAGUAUAGUCGUUUUGGGUUUAUGUUCACUGAAGACAUUUCAAAAUACAUGAUUUUUUUUUAA